AUGUUUAAAGAUUGUUAUGAACUAACAACAAUUGAUAUACCAUCAUCAAUUAGUGAAUUAGGAGAUAAAUGUUUUUAUGGAUGUAGAUCGUUAACAUCAAUUAAUAUUCAAACACCAAUUACUAAAUUAGGAGGUUAUUGUUUUAAUAAUUGUCAUUCAUUAAAAUCAAUUAAUAUAUCAUCAUCAGUUAUUGAAUUAGGAAAUUAUUGUUUUAAUGGAUGUACAUCAUUAACAUUAAUUAAUAUACCAUCAUCAAUUGAAUCAUUUGGAUAUAGAUGUUUUUAUGGAUGUGGAUGUGAAGAAGAAUUAAUGAAAAAUGAAAGAAUACCAAGAAGAUGCUUUGAUGAAUAG